UUGUCAAAAGUAUUAAUUGAUUUUGAAUAAAUUACAGGUGUUGUUAAAGGCAAAGCGAUCAAUAUGGAGACUAGGAUCGAUUAAAGAUUUCUUCUUGUCAAUCAUUAAUCUGAUACAAGUCUUCUUUAUAACCAUGUUCCACAUGGAGAAAUCAGAUGCCUACAGGAAAGGCUCUGGGCUAACAAGAAGUGGGGAUGGUGGCCGACCUGGUGGGGGAGGUGGUGGUGGUGGUGGUGGAGGUGGUGGUGGAGGAAGUGGACGCCCUGGACCUCCUCGUGGCGGCCUCAACAAUGUGCGUGGCUUGAAUGAUAUCCGUGGAGCUGACCACAAUUCCCUACCGGCAUGUGGCUCGUGCUGUGGCUGAGCCUUUGUUUGUACAGAGCGCCCAAGAACAAAUGAGGGGAUAUAUAUAUAGUGUUGAAAUGGUGCUCUGGAAUUUGAGAAAGCAAACCAUGAUCUAGUCAAGCUUUUUUGUAUCUAGUCACUGGGAACAUUUAAAGUUGGUAAACUUGCCUUAAAUAGUUCGUAAUUUUCAUGCAACAUAAUUAUAUAUUUGGGAUGAAACGAUUGAAAAGUUUGUGUA